AUGUCCAACGUGCUGUCGACAUCCAACAUCGCUGUGCCGGACCUCGAGACCCAUAACAGGCCGUCGUCCGCUGGAGGCCACAUUCCGCAGGACGCCCCCAGCAGGGCGCCCGAAACGUACCACCCGCGUCUUCUGCACUGCUUUCUGGCGGGCGGAAUAGGCGGCAUGGUGGGCGACUCGCUGAUGCACUCGCUGGACACCGUCAAGACGCGGCAGCAGGGGGCCCCGAACGUGGCUCGGUACAGAAACACCGUCCCGGCGUACCUGACGCUUCUGCGCGAGGAGGGCCUAAUGAGAGGGCUCUACGGCGGGUACGGGGCGGCCAUGCUGGGCAGUUUCCCCAGUGCGGCGUGUUUUUUCAUCACGUACGAGUCCACCAAACGAAUCGCGAUAGACGAGUACGGUCUGAACGAGACCUUCACGUACCUGGGCGCGGGAUUUCUCGGCGACUUUGUGUCGUCAAUUUUCUACGUGCCGUCCGAGGUGCUCAAGACCAGACUCCAGCUGCAGGGAAGAUACAACAACACGGUCUUCCGCUCCGGCUACAACUACACAGGAACUUUCAACGCCAUCUCGACGAUCAUCCGCACAGAGGGAUGGCAGACCCUUUUCUACGGAUACAAGGCCACCCUGGUGCGAGAUCUGCCGUUCUCGUCGCUCCAGUUUGUGUUUUACGAAAAGUUCCGACAGCUCGCAUACCAAUUCUCUCAAAGGUCCGCCGAUCACGACCCUCUCUCGCUUUCCAUGGAGCUGCUCACAGGCGCUGCCGCGGGCGGCCUUGCAGGGACGUUGACCACGCCGCUCGACGUCAUCAAGACGCGAAUGCAGACGCAGAACAAGAACGCCACGCCCCACGACCUGCUCACCUCCAGCUCCAUCCUCCGCGGCCUGCUCACCGUGUACCGCAACCAGGGCGUUGUGGGGCUGUUCAGCGGCGUGGGGCCCCGCUUUAUCUGGACCAGCGUCCAGAGCAGCGUGAUGCUGCUGCUAUACCAAUUUUGUCUCAGAGCAUUGUCUACAGGCGAGUUGACCUUCGCAUGA